AUGUGGAUUUACGCCGUCGACGGCUCGUUUGUCGAGCCGAUACCCGUGGAGUCCAUCCCGAUCCAGAACGGGGCGCGAUUUUCCGUUCUGAUCAGGCUGCAAGAUUUGGGCAACUUCAACAUCAGGGUGUCCUCCAUCGGGGCGUCGCAAUCCCUCGGCAACUACGCCACUCUUUCCUACCACGAGGCCGGCCAGCCAGCCCCAAACACGCCAUCCAUACAAUACAUCAACGACAACGGAGCCAAUGUCACAGCGAAUGUCAGGGUCUUCUCGCAGAGACAGAUGCGAGCGUUCCCGGCUGUAACGAUUCCCCAAACCGCCCAGCAGACUUUCGUUCUCAGCAUGAUCGUGGCUGGACAGACGUACCUCUGGGCUCUGAACAACACAAUUUAUCCCCUGACACACCAGAUGGACACGCCUGUUCUUUUCAACCCACAGCCUUUCAUCAGCAACAACGUCACCAUCUCCACGCUGAACAACACCUGGGUCGACCUCGUAUUCGUCACCGCGACGUGGCCCCAGCCACAGCACCCAAUGCACAAGCACGGGGGCAAGAUGUAUCUGAUCGGGCAGGGCACCGGGCCCUUCCCAUGGGCGACCGUGGCCGAGGCGAUGCAGGCCGUGCCGGGGAGCUUCAACUUCGCCACACCUCCCAGGAGGGACACGUUCGCCACGGCCGCCACGACCAACCAAUCGGCCUGGCUGGCGGUCAGGUACUACAGCAACGACCCGGGCGCGUGGCUCCUGCAUUGUCACAUCUCGCACUUCGACGGUGGCAUGUCCGUGGCCAUCCAGGAUGGCGUAGAUGCCUUCCCUACCGUGCCUCCCGAGUAUCUGUACUUUUAA